UUUUUUUUGUCGACAGCAUCAUUUCAUUGAAAUGAAAGGGUCCAAAGACCAUUACAAGUUGGGCCAAAAUGUUUACUUUUUAAAGCCCAAUAAGAGUUUACAAGGAAACAAAAAUUAAAAUUACUUUCUUAAAACAACCUACUUAAAGAUUCACAUGCUCCGUUGGUCAGUGACAAGAGUAGAAAACAGAGAGAGGAGAGAGGAGAUCUGAGAUCGGAUCCGGCGUACGGACGGCGCGUGAGCGUUCGUGCCGUCGCCGGAACCUUUCUCCUACUUUCAAAAAGGUUUAUUUUUGCUUCUUCUUCGUCGCCUCUCACCGAAUGCCUUGUCUGAAUUCUGGAUUGGAGACGUUCUCCAACGGUGAUUCCUCGCUUGGAGGGAAGACACGCUCGCGUGGAGGCUCAUGGCGUGAGAAGAUAGGCUUGCAUGUUCAAGUGGUGAUUCCGGGAGAUGGAGGCUAUCACAGAUCCGCCGACGCCUGCUUUUCUCCGGGAGGUGGAGGCUCCCUCAGCUUCGCCGCCGCCGGUUCUAGUUCCCGGGAAGGAGAGGUUUUCUCUGCUCCGUCUUCGCCGGUUUUGGCUCCGGAGGGUAGAGGAUCACAUAGCUCUACGCUGUCGGUUUUGGAACCCGUAGUCUUUUGGGAUUUGGUUACUAGUUUGGCUUUGGUGGAAGCUGCAUUGUGGCUCUUGUCGCCAGGAUGGUUGUUUGGGUCAGAAUGGAUGAGAUCUCGGUAGAAGAUGAAGCUCUCCAUCGACGGCGACGACGAUAAGAGAAGGAAAGCAGAGGUCUCGAGUCUCGGGUUUAAAAUGCCCAGUAGGCGGCGUGUGAUGAUUGGGAUGAGCUCUCGGUAAGUCCGAUGACGCUCUCCGUGACAAGUUCGACGGUGUAGAGCCGUUCAAGGUUCGGCGGAACCGCCGGGAUGAGACAAGAAGAGGAUAAACCGACAAGUGCUUCUGGAUCUGGGCAGUGUCGGUGAUAGGCUUUUAGGCUUUAAACCCAAUCUUUUAGUUUGUUUUUGGUUUAGUUAAUCGGACAGUGGGCUGUUUUUUGUAAGGAUCUUGGGCCGGGCCCUUUUCUAUUUAAUGAAAAAAAACUUACGGACAAAAAAAAGAUUCACAUGCUCCGUUUGUGAAGAGUCAACUGCCACGUUAUAUGACAUGCGUCGAUCAUGGAGUGAUCCUGUCUCUCCUCCGCAACGCUCCUUCUCCGACCAGAGCUUCUCCGCCAUGAAUUCAAAUCGAUUCAAACCCUUUCUCCUCCGCCUCUAAUUCUCCGACCACAACUCUAGCAGCUCCUCGUCUGUCACCUUCUUCACUCUUGUUCAAUCUUCUUCUUCUAGUGAUGGAAAACAUGCCGCCGUCUCCGAUGAACUAAGCACUGAGACUUUUUAACAUCCCCACUAAGGAUUGAUUGAUGAAGCUAGCACGAAGUUACCUCCAUAGCACAAGGAGAUUCAUCGAUUAAAAAAGAAAUCGGACGGGAUGGAAGUGGAAUCACCGAGAGCUGCUACCAGAUCCGAUCAUCAAGAUCAGAACUUCAUGGAAUCCGAUUUAAAAUCAGAUACCUUAUUAGUUUCAAACUAAAUCUGAGAAGAUGUAAGCAUGAAGAACAAGAUCAGAUUUGUUUGAAAAAACACAACAAAAAGAGAAACUCGCCUAGCGAAUCAAAAUUCCGCAACCGGAAACAUAAAAAUCGAUCGUAGAUCGAAUAUGUUACACAAAACAAAGAAAAACUCUCAAUCCCUCUGAAAGAUUGGUAUGGGUUAAGAGGGAGGUUGAGAGAGUUUUCGUUUUCACUUUUUCAGGGUUGCUCCCAGUUAAAAUAAAUCACAAAAACAUAGACUGAAAAAAAGUUAAAAAAAACCCAAAGUGUUUGGGCCUCUCUAACUAACAUUUGGGCCUCCUCUUCCGCUUAUUAAAAUAAAUAAUGGCCCAGUGACCAGUUCAGACCAAAAACAUUAGAUUGAUCCAACGGUUGAGAUUCAUUCGUCACCAAUAACAUUGCACGUUAUCGUCUCUUGCAAGCCGCAAAGAUAAAAUAAUAAUAAUAAUCUGGUUUCCUCCUUCGUUCGACGGUUCUACGACUUUGAUCCACACCAUCUUCAUCUCCCCACCUCUCGAUCGAUCUCAGGUUAACAUUGAUUAUCUUGCGAAUGGAGUUAAAGAGCAUCAAGGACGCGUUCGAUCGCGUUGCGAACAAGCACAAGCUCUCGUACACCAAAACGCACGAGAUCGUUCAGAUGCUUUCUCAAGAACUCGACAAGGCGUUGAGCUUGAUGCAGGAUACUCAGCUUGAUCACAAAUCUAUCCUCGUCGACGCCAAGAAACUCUUCACGGAGAAGUCUCCAGCCGCUCAGCUCGAAUCCGCUGAGAAAGAACUCAACGUGGCUCUCACCAAGUACCCCAAAGUCCUCGAGAAGCAGCUCAACCCCGAGAUAUCGAAGGCUUACAGAACCAAUGCGGAGUUCGAUACUCAUAUCGUGAACCAGAUCAUCGCUAACUUCUUCUACCGUCAGGGGAUGUUUGAGAUCGGUGACUGUUUCGUUGCCGAGACUGGCGAAUCUGAGUGUACUACGAGGCAGUCUUUCGUGGAGAUGUAUGAGAUACUGGAGGCUAUGGAGAGGAGAGAUCUUGAACCGGCUCUUACUUGGGCAGGGGCUAACUCUGAAAGGCUGAAGCAAGCGAGGUCUGAUCUGGAGAUGAAGCUUCACAGCUUACAGUUUUUGAAGAUAUCUCAAGGGCAAAACUCGCAAGAGGCUCUCAGCUACGCGAGAAAGCAUUUCGCCGUGUACGCAGAUAGCUGUCUUUAUGAAAUCCAGAAGCUCGUUUGCUCUCUCUUGUGGGACAAGAACCUCGAACAGUCGCCGUACUCGGAGUUUCUCUCUCCCGUUCUGUGGGACAACGCGGUGAGAGAGAUGACAAGGCAGUACUGCAACCUACUCGGCGAAUCAUCUGAGAGUCCGUUGAGUGUAACGGUAACGGCUGGUACGCAAGCUUUGCCUGUGCUGUUGAAAUACAUUAACGUGAUGGCGAACAAGAAGCUCGACUGGCAGAGUGUGGAGCAGCUUCCUGUGGCCGUGGAGCUGCCCGAGGAGUUUCAGUUUCAUUCGGUGUUUGUCUGCCCCGUCUCCAAGGAACAGUCGAGCGAGGAUAAUCCUCCGAUGAUGAUGUCUUGUGGCCACGUGCUUUGCAAGCAGACUAUCACCAGAAUGUCGAAGAAUGGCGCUAAGACUUCUUUCAAGUGUCCUUAUUGUCCUACCGAUAUAGACUCGACAAGGUGCAAGCAGUUAUACUUCUGACUGGUGUUGGAAUGUAUUGCUGUGUUCUGUUUCGUUGAAGGUUUUCAUGUACAAAAAUCAUCAGGGAAGUUUUAGAUAAUUCGGACAUCCCAUCCAUAAGAACGUGUUUGUGUUUGUUCCAACUUUCUAAAUAUAGAAAUUCUUUACAUUUCCAAAA